AGCAGGUUGGGCUGCGCGCGGGGCGGGCUCUCGUGGUGCGCGAGCGGUCGGCUCCCCCCGCCCCCUCCCCGGCAGCAGGCUAGGCUGCGCGGUGCGCCCGGCGGCAGCGGGAGGAGGCGCCGCGCUGGGGCUGGGGCGCCCGCACGCCCAGGACGCAGGUCAGGUGUAGUACAGAUCACUGAAGUGAUUAUAUGUCCAUGUACUUCAUGAGAUCUAAGGAAACUGCUCUUCAGAAUGAAAAGUGUUUCAGUUUACAUGCUUCUUCAGUUAUAUAUCUAUAUGCAGACAAUGCAAACUAGGUUUGUUCUUCCUAAUUGGAUUUUUCCAGUUCUGUUGGAUGUUUAACUAUAGCUAUGGCAACAAGAGUAGAGAUCAACUCUGCUCUAGCAUCCUUAACAACAAUACCUGAUUUAAAUGAAAUUACAAGUGAGGAUAAAACACAACGCACCUACAUCAACCCUCUUUUGGAUGCAAGUAAUAAGGCUGGUCUACCUUCUAAUCCUUCAACACCAAUAAUUCUUGAAGAAAAAAACAAAUUUGGGAGCACUUGGAGACCAGCAACUAUGCCUACUCCUGGAUCAAGGCCAAGGCUUUCUCCAAAGCCAUUUUCUAAGGAUAAACCUUCAGAUACUUUUGCGAAUGUGAAACCUCCUGUUACAGCUCUCAAACCAAAUAAUUUUGUCCCCAAGUUCUCUGUGUAUGGACAGCCUACUGAAGAAAUGACAUCUGCUAAGGUGUUAAGUGGAGAUAUCCCUCUAUUAGUAGAUCAAAAACUAAUUGAAAAUGAAAGUAAAGGCAACAAUGAAUUAGUCACAAAUGUGACCUUUUAUUCCAGUCCCAGCAGAAAUACUGUGAUUCUUUUUGAAACAGCUAGCACUGAGAAAUCCAAGGUAAAUUUAACACGAGGUAAAAUAUCUGAGGAGCAUAGAACACUUGGCACUAUACAGACAAAAGAGUGGCAAUGUAACGCAAAGCCUGAGAUGAUCUCUCAGCUAUCUGUGACUUCCAGAAAACCUGAAGGUGAUCUGCAUAGGCAAAUAUCUUUUUCAUCAGACCCCAGACCAGUCUCCUGGAAUCCUCACCAAUCUGAUGAAAAAAAUGACACAUAUGAAGAUCCUAUAGGUGAGAGAACCAAGGACGUUGCAAAAUAUGCCAACAGCGAAGCUGGCUUAUUAACUGAAGUGCAACGAAAGCUAAACCAUAGACCAGUAUCUGCUGUUUUUCUGGAAUCAUUAAAAGAUCAAAAGUGUAGCAAUUUGGAAGUCUCCGAAGAAAAAUCUCCAACAGAGAAAUCAUGGGUUAGAAAACCAAGGCCUUUGUCCAUGGAUCUAACUGCCAAAUUUGAAAAUAAAGACGUUUCUCUGUGCAGGAAAACUUGUCCAUCUGAUGCGAUUAAGGAGACUGUACCAGGAAUUCACUUCACUGACAUAGACUCUCAAGAACAGUCUGAAAUGAGGCCUAAAGUUGAAGAAAUAGAACCGAAUAAAGGUGAUCCCUCUAAAUCAAAUCUGAAAUGUAACAAUCAGGACAUUGACUUUUUUGAUGUUAAAAACAAAUCUAGUGAGCAAAACCAGAAAGUCUUUCCAAAAGAUUUAGACUCAUCCAGCCCGAACUAUACAAAAGACUCGAUACAGAUCUCUGCAAAAGAUAAAAAAUACCCUUGGGAAACUAAACAGAAAUCUAAAGAUGAACAAAAUGAGAAAAAAAUUGACAUUGUAACUAACUUACAUGGAUCAGAAAAAAAGGAGAUGGCUAAUAACAAAAGCAAAACAAUUAAAGAAGUGGAAAUAUUGGAUCAAAAGGAAACUUCCAGAGUUUUAGCCAGUGAAAACUCUACAGAUUCCUCAAAAAAAGAAAACAAGACCUUGAGGGGGAGCGUUAAAAAACACAUCCGUUUGUUUGCUGGCUCAGAAAGUAGCAUUACUCCAGUGGAUACCGAGCCUCUCCCAGCAGCCACUGAGAGGGAAAACAGAAAUGUGAACAUCCAACAGAGAAUCAGAGAACUGACAACAGAAAAUACAGAUGUUAAGCCAGGAAAUCUACGCACAUCACUCAAGUCACGACCACUUUCUGCAGACUUAACAAAGAAGUUUUCAAGCCCAGCAUCAACCAAUGAAAUUAAACCUCAGAAACCUACUGAAUUGAAUAGUGAUGUUACUAGUGAAACACAAGAAAAUCAAAAGAUUAAGGAGAUGAAGCCUCCUCCUGGAACAGAUUGUAGUGAGACCUGUGCUAUUGGGAAUCAGUGGAAACCACGACAGACAGUACAAAUAUCAGAGAAAGCUGGUCAGAUAGAAAGAAAAGGAAGUUUUCUGAGAGAGACGCAAAAUUUAUCUUUGCAGAGUGAAAACUCUGUGUCAGCCAAAAAUAACUUUGAAAAAAAAUUGAAACCCACCACUCCUGCAGAAAAUGCACAUGUAAAAACUGUCCGAGCCACCAUGUUUGACCACAAUGUCCAGAGGCAUAAUGUUGCUGCUGGUCACCCUGUAAUUGAUCCUACACGAAAGCUGACUAAUGAAUUUGAAGGCAAAUAUGAUGUUGUGACUUUGCUAGGCCAUAACAGAAGAUCUGGGAUGGAAAAAAAAUUACAGGAGAAAACUAGUUCAAAGAGAGAGUGUCACGGUCAGUCUGGUGUAUCAGGAUAUGUAGCAGAUGCAGAAAAAUGUGGAAAAACAAUUUAUCUAAAUGAAGACAAGAAAAUUGCUCAGGCAGUUCCAGUGGAAAAACAUUCUUCAUGUGAGAAAUGUGAAAAACCCACUCCUAAGCAUGUAGAGGACUCUCUAAUUUACCAACGAAUAGAGCCAAGAUAUGAAAUCCUUCAGACUUUUGGUGAAAGAGCACUUAGUGAAGCUAUUACAGUAGUACCUGAAGAUAAAGCUGUGACACUCAAAACUAGAAAAUCUUCUGUGAAAGAGAAGAGAAAACCUGAUGGGAAUGUCUUACAUCCUGAUCAGCCGUGUGGGCUAGAUAAUAAAACUGACCCCUUGAAAGAAGGUAGUUUUAUUUCAGAAACUAAAGACAUGUUGGACACUUCUACAAAAAAGUUUACUUUUAGAGAACCUAAAGAUGUCUUCCACAGCAAAUGUACUUUACAUGAACAGAUAACAGAGUCCAAUAAAAAUCAGAGUGAACGGGUAUUUAUAACUGAGAAAUCAUCUUAUGCUACAAUCAAAAGUAAGGAUUUAGGGAUAGCAAAUGAAAAAAUGACACAACUGCAUCCUGAAAUGCAAAGAGAAAAGAAUGAUCUCUCUUGCAUAAAUAAAACAGAGAGUUCUAAUGUGACCAAAUACUUUUCUGAGAGAGCUGGUAUAAAACCAGUUAGGACAGAUGGCUAUGAAUCCAGAGCUGAUUUAGGUCAAGAUGUUAUUUCAACCAGUGCCAAUAAACAUGGGAGUCAUAUUUCAGUGCCUCGAAAUAACCAAUUGUAUAAACUCUCCGUGGACCCGCAUCCUAGCACAGAAGUAAUAACUGCUGAUAAAGAGAAAUCCAGAGUCUUUGGAUUAAGGAAAUAUGCAGACUCAAUUUGUGUAAGAAAAGAUUUAGGGUUAGAUGUUGCAGCCCUUGAAAAUGAAAGAGACAAACUCAGAUUAGUAGAACCAGAAGAAAAAGUCAGAAGAACUAGUAGUAGUGUUUCUGACCUUAAAAUUUCAGAAAGGUGGCGAAGGAAGACCUUGCCUCAGGACUCUAGCAAGCAAGAAGAAGUUAUCCCACUAACUCAAGAAAGUAUCAAAAGGCUGAGUAGAACAGAUUCAUUGCAAUUUGAUGAAGGUGCAAUAAAGAAGAAAAGUAAAAAAAACAAAGAUGGGAUAGAAUCAAAGGAAGUGAACCAAACAGUUUCAAUCAGUCCUGAUGAUUAUUUGAAGAAGCAGGUUUCUCCCUUUGAACCAAAGGCAACCUAUUUUGCAGUUACGUAUCAGAUUCCUGAUAAAAAAGAAAAAAGCUCUGUAAGUACUGUUAAUGCAAAUGAGAAUAACCAGAUUCCUACAGAGGUUGAAAGUGCACGAGUUAAUCUGAACUCUGGUUCUUCCAGAAGGUCCAAUCCUACAUCUCAGCAAUCCUAUAAAAAUGUACGGAGUAUACAUUGUAAAGAUAAGUCCCUAGAAGCAUGUGUUAACAAGCAUUGGGUUAAAGAGGAAGAACAAGAUAUUUUAAGUUUAAAAAAUAUAUAUCCAGUGCUUGGAGAACAUGAUAAUAGGAGGUCUUGUGAGAGAGGGCUGGAUCAUGCUAAAGAGAAAAUUAUAGAUGUUGAUGCUUUCCUCUUAAAACAGGGCCUGAAAAAUACUAUUCAACCUGAUCUAAAAGGUAGUGGAGGAAAAGUCUCCUCAUACCAUGAGCCAAAAUCCACGCUACACUUCAGGCAUUUGCACAAAGACAGUGAACUAUUAACACAAAAUAAGUUUGGGGAAAACAUUCAUGAUGCGUUCAGAGUAAAGACUGAAGAUAGGUAUAGAUCUAGAGUUCUUGAUAUUGAUGCUCUUAUGGCAGAAUAUAAAGAGGAAUCCAUAAAGACCAGUAACAUUCAAGAAGAAAAAGAUGACCAGUUCUCUGACGAUCCGAAUAUGUUUUAUUGGGAGAAGUCAAAGUACAAAAAGAAUGUGGCUGAUAAAAUUCCACACAGCUAUAACUGGAAAGAUUGGAAGAACUUGGAUCAAUCUGCUAGUAUCACUAAACAAGGUAUCUGUGCAGAAGAACACCGCAGGCCGGAGAACUUAACUCUCCAUGAAAACAGCAAAGAGAAACUGGAGUCCUGUAGCCCAGAAUGGAGUAAGCAAAAGUCCAAAGAUAGAAAAUUCAGUCCUCCCCACUGGGGAAAGCCUAGUUCGCUUUCAGAUAAACUUAUAAAUUCACCUGCUGACACUACUGGUACCAGAAAAAAGACGUUUAUUAUUGAUGAGGAUCAAGGGAAGAAUUUAACAUCUAGGCUCCAAAGUGCAAAAUACACAAAUAACAAGGUAUUGCCUGCAAAUCCUAUUAGUGUGGACCAAAAACUGGAAGUCAGUUUAGCUUCUGAUUUCUCCCCCGAUGGUGGUGGUAGCAGCAGCAGCGGCGGCUUAUUACAGAAGAAAUUGUUCACAAAACAGCAGUUCACAGAGAUGUCUGUGGAUGAUGACCAGCACAAAAAUGUAACGAGGAGCUCUGUAAAUAAGAACAAAGAGAGUGCAAACAAAACCUCACAUGAGAGUGACUUUUCCAAUAUGAAGAGCAAAGCUGAGUGGAAUGACCGUACAUCUGGUUUUGGAAAUGCACUGCCAGAUUUAAAACGAUCAUACUCAGAAAAGAACCAUCCUGCUAAAGCAAGAGGCAGCAUGCCUCUGAGGGAAGACGCAAAGGAAAGGAGGGACCAGCCCCAAUUCAGGCAAAGCUUCCCAUUGGAAAGUGAAGAAAACAGACUGAAAAAGAGGAGUGCAUAUCAACAAGAAUCUUUCUGCCAUGAAAAUAAAAAGGACUCUGAAAAAGAAUGGACCAAGCAGAAUUCUGACAGAUCAGGUGGGAAAGACUUGACUGUAGUUCCUAUCCAGAGAAGAAGCCGUAGCUUUUAUAAGGACCGAAGAGCACAUCACUGGACGGGAAUUUUCUCUGCAGGUCUGAGCAACUCCUUUUUCAAGGAUCAACUGAGGCAGUGCUUUGCCAGACAACCCCCAGAGGCCAAGGAUACAGACACACUUGUGCAAGAGGCUGACAGUCAAUAUGGUACCUGGAGUGAGCAGCGCCACAGUGGGGACAGCUUUGUGCCCGAGUCUCCUUCCUCAGAAAGCAAUGUUGUUUCAACAAGGAAGCAGCCACCAAAUAGCCGGCUGUCUUCUCUCUCUUCUCAAACGGAACCUGCCUCCAUGAUCGAUCAGCACCAUUCCUUAAAAGACCAAAGGAGCACAAGUUUGGACCGUUCCAGCACUGAUAUGGAUUCAACUGAUGGUAUUGAGGGACCCCUUCCAGCAGAUACCUACCCUGAGGAGAAAAGCAUUGACUUCUCCUUCAUUGAUCAAACUUCUAUACUGGAUUCCAGUGUCCUGAAAACCCGUGUGCAGCUCAGCAAAAGGAUUCGCCACCGGCCACCUAGCUCCCAUUCGCUCAGGAGAAGCAGACAGAUAGAAUCUGAAAACAAACUCUCUGUGAUGCAGGAGACUGACAGCACUUGGAUGUUUAAAGACUCCACAGAAGAGAAAUCUACAAAACAGGAAGAGUCUGAUGAGGAAGAAAAAAUACACCGAACUGAGAGAGCCUCAGCUGUGCAACCUCAGAGGCUUCCUGUUUUUCCAGGCAUGGACCACUCUGUUCUUAAGGCUCAGCUUCGGAAAAGACAAGAGCCCGAGAGUCCCAGUGAAAUAAAUUCUGCACAGCUAUUUAAAUCCCAGUUCCAGCAAGGAGCUCCUGGUGGCAGGGUACUGCCCUCUAGUGCUGAGAAGGAGAACAGAUCAGAAGAAAUGUCUCCUCAAUGGCUGAAAGAGCUGAAAUCGAAGAAGAGGCAGAGCCAGCACGAGAAUCAGGUUUGAGAAGACACCGAUUAUGACUAGGAAAAGACCGAGAAGUAUAACAGAAGCCUUAACUCAUCUGAACCUAAAAUUCACACAUCAUGCUGCUGCUGUUUGCUUCCUGCCUCGACUGCUAUGUGCAUGGUGCCUUCCUGCUUUGUGGAGAAAGCUGCUUAAUAUUCAUAGACAAAUACAAAGCUGUAUCUUCUCAGAUAGGGAAGGAUAUAGUCACUUUAGAACUACCUGAAGUAAGAGAUGGUGCAGUAUAGUUAGUACUUCAGAAGGUCUUGCCAGAGGGUAACAUUUGUUCUAGGAAAUACGGCGCAUCAGAAAAAGUCCCCUUGCCUUCAAACAAAGAUGACAUCUCUGCAGAAUUAAGCUAUGUUCAGUAACUCAAGCAUGUGAAUGCUAGUAGGCAUGUCAAGUGUAAAGGCUGGGGUUUGUAUUUGUUUAUGAAAAUAACAAAAUUUUAAAUUAUAUUCAUCUUUCUUGUGAACUAAUAGUGGUUCCUAUUCAGAAUGAAGUUUGUGGAAGAGAGAGUGAAAGAACAAAUCCUGUUUACUGCCAUAUUAAAAAAUGAAACUUGACUGAUAUUUUUUUAAAGAUAUUUUUGAUUGGCUGAUGCUUGCACAUGAUCUGCUGAUCAGGCACAUCAAGUUGAUUUUUAGAUUGAGCAUAAAGUUAAUUUUUCAUUCUUUAACCGCGAUUGUCUGGUCUGUCAGCAGGUAGUAUAAUUGCAUCAUUAGAAUGUCAUAUUCUUAGGAUGAUAAAGCAAUAAUGUCAACCAAUUCUCUUUAAAAAUAGAUGUAAAUAUUGUUUUUAUUACUCAAAAAGAAGAGACGAGGAAGGAUGUAUAGUCUUGUCAAUAUGAGGGUUCCAGGUAAUUGUUGAAUGUCAUUCUAGAAGCACCUCAGAUUGUCCCACUGGAUAUUUUUAUUAGUUACCUUUGUAAAUAUCAGUUUUAAGUGUUUAUUUUUAUGCUGAUUUUGUAGGAUAACCUAAAUGCAAUCUCUCACUUCUCAACUGUUUAUUGAAAUGAUCCAUACAUUUUACUUUGGUAAAACCAAAUGUUGGUAUGUUAGCAAUGUAGAUAAUACUAACAUCACAACACAGAUGUGUCAGUCACAGCAGAAGAGUUUUGAUGUCUUUGGAUCCAGAUUCUGAAAUUGGCAAGAUUUUUUUUAACCAAGAAGUUCAUUUAUAAGUAAAUUAUAAAUGGAUACUGUAUUUAAAAUAUGUAUUAGUUAUUUACUUUUCCCCAAGUGCUCUUUCCAGAAAAUCUUUAAAAAUAUACGCUAACGGGAAAGCUCAUUCUGUAAGGUAGGCCCCGCCAGGACUCCGAUAAGGAGAGCAAGUGACGUGGAAAGGAGAAUUGAAUCAAAGCAGACGAGCUCUUUCUAUUCUGCUAUUCUCGUAACCUUCUGUGGCAAACUGUUCGGGCCUGAACAGUCAGAUAUGAUGAAGCUGCACACAGUUGCAUUCUGGGAGCAAAACACAGAGUUCGCUGUCUACUGCACUGCAGUUCUUGUCUCCUGCUGAAAGGUUAUUAUAUAAAUUAAAUGUUAAAAACCAGGCACUUGCACGCAUUUUCCCUUUUCCUGCUCAGUGUUUCAGAAAGGCUUGUCUUAUGUGGUAUUACCAGAACAGUGCACCUGCUAGCCAAAGGGUAACCUUUGUCUGCCAUCCGUCAAGUUUUAGCUGCCAUAAACCAUGUGCCAACUUGUUUCCUAAAGAAGUCACAAAUGAGGUGAUUUCACUCCCAGCCUGUAUUUCAGUAAAUAACUGCAGUACGUCAAGAGAUAUGACCAGUAUGCUCUUCUCUCUUUUACUAUCAGAAUUCUAACAGUAGCACCCCUUAUUUGAUAGAAAUACAAAUUAAUAUUUUUUCACUUCAGAAUAAAAAUGUCUUUGUUCAGUUCUUUGCCCUGCUCCAUGUAAGAGAGGUGACAAUGCCAGAUACACUGUUUUACAGUUUCUUCUGCCACAGCUCAGUGAAUUCUCAAAUAUUACUGCCAAACGGAGUCACGCUUCAGCCCUCUUUCAUGUGGAUAACCUCCCCUUUCCCCUCCCCCCGUCCAUAAGGGGAAGGGGGAGAAGUUUCCAGAGGAGCGCAAUUGUCCAAACUAUUAAAGAGACACUGUUGACUGCUUUUUAAAACUAGUUGUAUAUAUUUUCUGCCCAUUGUUUAUGUGGUGUGGGACCUGUUUUUAUUUUGGAAAUGUAACUUUUAGGCAAGCUUUGUAUUUUCCUGUGCUUGUAAUGCAUCAGCCAGCUUGUUUUGUCAGUUGUGUACCAGAUGUUCUUGAUGGUGUUGGCGUGUACAAUUUGAACAGUAUUAGCUGCAGGGUUUUUAGGUGUGACAGAAGAAUGUUGGUCACUUUUAAUUUCCCUUGCUAAGCGUGAGUGGCUUUUUUUUUUUUUUAAGGUAUUCAAAACCCAAAUAAAUUUAUUUGUGACCAUAAAAAUGCUGAGGGAGGUUUAAUUUUAGGAUUGAGCAACUUGAUAGUGUCUCUUUAAUGACAAAAAGAAAAGGAGUACUUGUGGAAAAGUACUCCUUUUCUUUUUGCGAAUACAGACUAACACGGCUGCUACUCUGAAACCUGUCUUUAAUGACAGAGCAUUUUGUCUAACGCUUCCUGAUGCCACAAAAUGAAAGCCACAAACUCUUUAGAUUGUCAGCUGCAGUGUUUUUGCUGUGCAUUCUGAUAUACUGAGGGGAUUGGUUUUGCAUAUUGGCAAAGCCCUUUGAAUGAGUAUGUGUUUCCAUUUCUCUAUGGACAAUGCACUGAAAUUUACUGUCGUUUUACUGCUAGUGAGAAAUGUUUAAUCUUAUCUAUGUCUGACAAAAAAAAUCUUUAGGAUAAGGUUGAAUGGGAUAGUGUUUUUUUUCUGAUCUUUUAUUUCUUCAUAUUGGAUGUGAAUUAAAUAUCUAUUUUCUCUGGUGACUCCAGGUUCCCAUCAUGUAAUUAUUGAAAUCAUAAAUAUUUAUUACACAUAUGAUGACAUGCUGUAAAACUCCUUUCUUUAGAUUAAUUCCAUUUUAAUUUCAAAUAAUGCUUAUGAAACUUUUUACUAUUUUACUUUAACAAUAACAGAUUAUAACUUGCUGUUAAUAUGAGCCAGGAAUGAGCUCUUACCUGCAGCAUGUUCUUCAUGUAUGAUAUUUUUUUUUGUAUUAAAAACUAUUGGAAGCUAUGUUAAGAGUAAGUUUUAACUCUUAACUCACUUUUACCUGAACUCUCUUUGUAAGCGUGAUAGAUGGAGAUAGCUGGUGUUUGGCAUUCACCAUUGAAUACAAGGUGCUUUUGCAGAAGUAUUUUGUUUUUUUUAUUUAAGACCAUCACAGUUUUAUCUGUGUACUUCGUCCCACAGCUGUAUUAGUAGAUCAAUAGUUUCAAAAAGUAAAUGUAAAUCAGUCUGGUGUAUGGAACUUGGCAAUACGUCGUUAGUGCCCCUUUUUUCACUGAAAUUAGGAGAGUCCGGCCCUAGAAUUUUAAUCCACUUAUGUUUUAGGAUCAGUACAAGCAUGUACAUUUCAUAUUCACUGGAAUUGCCAAUUGGCCUUUUCUUCUCCUUUAUUUGUUUUUGCAAAUUCACCUUGUUUAUGGCUGUGUAUCUUGAGGUUAGUAUAUGCUAAGUCAGUGUUUUUACUGGUUUUGUAUUACCUGCUGUACACAAAGAUGCUAAAUUUCUGCUUUCCAUUUUAACUUUUUAACAUGGUUGUGUAGGAUUAAAAAACUUGCUUCUUGCUUGCGCAGAGAUUUAGCUUCCCACCCUCUGGUAUUUUGUUUUGAUCACCUAGUUAUUGCUGGCAAACUACCAGAAGCAUUGUAUAUCAGAAACUGCCCGCUACUAAUUCAUAAAUCAUAGAAUCAGAGAAUUGUAGGGACCUUGAGAGGUCAUCUAGUCCAGUCCCUUGUCCUCAAGAUAGGCCUAAGUAUUAUCUAGACCAUCUCUGACAGAUGAUUGUCUAACCUACUCUUAAAAACUUCCAAUGAGGGAGAUUUCACAACCUCCCUAGGCAAUUUGUUUCAAUGCUUAACUACCCUGACAGUUAGGAAGUUUUUCCUAAUGUCCAACCUAAACCUCCCUUGCUGCUAUUUAAGCCCAUAGCUUUUUGUCCUAGCCUCAGAGGUUAACGAGAACAAUUUUUCUCCCUCCUUGUAACAACCUUUUAUGUACUUGAAAACUGUUAUCAUGUCCCCUCUCAAUCUUCUCUUCUCCAGACUAAACAAAUCUAAUUCUUUCAGUCUUUCCUCAUAGGUCAUGUUUCCUAAACCUUUCAUCAUUUUUAUUGCUCUCCUCUGGACUUUUUCCAAUUUGUCCACAUCUGUUUGCAAACCUUUGCUCAACCAUACUAUCCAGAGCAGCAUUAUCAAUUAGUUUAUAAUUAAUUUUACAUGUUUGUACAUGUACUUAAUAUGCCUGCAAUGUGUAAGGUAGUAAACCAUGGAUGUGGUUUAAUGUAAAGUUGCUACAUGGAGAGCCCUGCUGUACCAAAAUAUCACAAUAGAGAUCCGAGCAAUUCUAGGAUAAAUUUAAUAUAAAUAGUUUGGAAUCCUUUAAAAAUCUAGGCACCCAGUGACAUUAGCUGCCUUCUUUACACUUUGCAUCCUGACUGUGCACACGGCUAUGCCCAAUACCAUCAAAGGUAUGUAGUGUAAACUGAGUGUAAUUGGCUUUUGAAGGGUCUGUGUCACACAUUUUAUUUGAAACUUUGGAACCAAAAGAGUUGAUCAGUCCAAACUCCCAUUGCGCCAAAUGUUACAAUUCUGUGAUGAUAGAAAUGUGUUCUAGAAAUAAACAAGCAAUGUGUUCUAUACUGGAUAAGAGAAGGAGUUCGGUGAGGGUGUCCUGUGUAGAAUAAUUGGCAUGAAUUAGGCAUGGUCUGUUUUAUAAAAUAUCGUGGAAGUCACUGAAAUGUAAUUAUUUGGGAGAUGCAAAUAUGUUCAAUAGGGCUGUUCUGUGAGUGGUAAAGAAUUACUGCUAAUUUACUGAAAUUUGGUUUUCUUGGACUAGACCAAAUGGGUCAGUUCCAUAGAAUGUUAAACCUCUGUCAAUCUAGUUGGGCCCGGUGUCUCUCAUUACCAUACAAAUACCUUUCCGUGUCAGUGAAGUAUAAAACCUCUUCAGUCAGGCGAAUCUGUAACCGAAGAGUUGAUCCAGACUUCUGCAAUUGGACAGUUCAGGCAGGUUAAACCGUAAGAGAGAGCACCUGCUAUCUCAGGAGGAAAAGAAUGUAGUUGACAAUGCUGACAAUCUUUAAAUUCUUUUGCACAGGUUCAUAUUUAAAACAUGAAACAAUUUUAGUCUGGAGGUAAAUGUUCUUUUGUAAUGUUCUUGAAUUCAAGUAAUACAAUAAAUAGUAUAAAGGAAGCCAACGUGUCCUUGUGGGGCAGGGUGUAUUUAUAUGCUAACAUGACCACUCGGGAACCAUCUAUGAAUGUGGAACUCUGCACUAUCUUGAAAACUCCUUUCUCUCCUAUCUGCCCUUCAUACGAACCAAUCCAUGCUGGUUUGCCAUUACAGCAUCUGUUUAACUGACGAGACCGUAUUGUUCACACGUACUCACCCCAUACAUAGUGUUAGGAGCUCAGCUCCUUAAACCCAUGUCAGAGGGACUCAGAUACUACAGUGAUGAGGAUCAUCUAAGUACCUGGUUGGGUAAGGCAAAUUCUGUCCUGUGGCACAUGUGUGAUGCUCUCACUGGGUUCGAUGAGAUCUACACCAAUAUCCAAAGGCAGCAUUUGGCCUUUAAACAUUAGAUUAGAAAGGGUCUCCGCUGUUUCUGUUUGUUAACUCUGGGCCCCUAUUUUUUUGCAAAAUAUGUCCUCUCUUCUUAGAGCUCACAGCUCACCUCUGCAGCUAAGCUUGCAAGAUGCUAACAUUGCAUUGCUAAUUAACCCAACCCAUGGACGAAGGGCCAAAUCCAGAUUUGGUGUAAGGUCUGGUCUUCACUAGGAAAAAAGCGUGUUCUGAACUCAAGUUAGCUAACUUGAGGUACAGGCCUAGUAAAGGCAAGGCAGUUUGUUUGUUGAAUCGACGUGCUAGCAGUAAACUGCCUUUUCUUCACUAGGAUUCUACUUUUAGUUACCUAGAAUUUUCACUGGAGCCAAGAACACACCUUUCCCCCCCCCGAGUAAAGACCAGGCUUCACUGGUUGGCUACAACUACAUUAGCAUCUGUGGAGUGCUGCCUUUUACAGCGGGUUUGAAUGUGAACCAAUGAGCACAAUAUUCUGAGUCCUCUGUCAUCCAGGAUACCAGAGUCUAAGGAUAUUUGGUCAAUGCAGGCUCUUGACUACAAUGAUACAGGGCAGGGAGAAUGUGUGAUGAGCCGUAUGCGAAAUACGUCAGUUCCAGGGUGUGAUUGGAAAUCCUUUCUCAUAUCAAUGUGCUUUCCCUGAGGCACUUCAAACCACUGUUUGGUCUGUCCCACCCCAUGCCAUCCCUCAGUUGAAAAUAUUUUUACCAAAAUAUGUGUUGACAUGAUUUUUUCAUCCUAUUGAAGGGAUUUGGAGAGAAGGGGAGGGUCGUGUGGGUUAUGGAUUUUCUUCUUACCAUAUUGAACAUGCUGACUGUAUCAAGCCUGUUAAAGGAGCUAUUGUAUAGAUAAAAACUUUUAUAUCAUUCUGCAUAGCCUUAUAGAACAUGUAAAUAUGGAUCACACAAUGAAUAAAUGUUGUGCUAUAGAAAAUAUUUUGUACUACAUAGUUUCCUAAGUAAUACAGAUAUUCUGUCUAUUGUGUAUAUACUUGUAUGACUAUGAUUCCAAGUUUAGCGUUGCCAGAUAUUUACAAAAGAUGUUGUUUUCUAACAGUGCUGUGAGCAUUUCUCAAAGGGAUUAAAGAAGCUGACAGCAAGAGGAAAUGGAGUUCUGUUAGGAAAGAAAACUCAGUACAAUAUAUUAUCCCUACCCUCUGUGAUGUUUUGCAACUGCCUUAUCUACGUGCAUAUUCCAUGAACUUGGCAAAUGAAGCAGGAUUUUGGGGCACUUUAGUCAUUGCAAAAAUAAAUGUAAGUGAAGAUGUUUCCAAGAAAAUGAACAUAUGGGAAAAUACCUUUAUUUUUAAAGUAAAAAAGAGAAAAUUACAGUAACUUGUUUGGUAAAAGAUACAAAUGAAUCCCAUUCCAGUCCCUCCCCUGAGGAUUUGUUCUGUACAGAAGUAAUUUUAUAUUUUACAACUAAGAGUUUUCAUAUCAAUAGAAAAGCAGAUGAAAAUGUGAAAAGGAACUGCAAUAAAAGUGAACUACAGUAAACUGCUGUCUAUGGUGGAUCUUUGCAUGUACAAAAUGUGUUGCAUUCAAACAAUGACAAUAAAUUAGAGUACAAAGCUUG